AUUGAAUGGUAACGAAAUAGUGCGCGGCCCCUUUAAGAGACGCACGACCGUCGUUAUUUCCUGUUUACUGGGACCAGCGCUGUGCGUAAAUGGUCCAAAUUAUCUAGAAACGUGCUGCUGGCAUUUGAAAACUGUUAAAAGCGGUUUUUAUCACGUUUCAGGGGUUUCGCGGUUACGGUUGGAUGGCAGGGAGAAAAAGAAAGACCGCAUUAGGAUUAAAUCCCACGGAUUUGAAGGUUUCACCUGCCAAACUGAAUAAGCAGUGUGAAUAUCCUCAAAGUGCUGAGACGGAAUUAUGUCAGCACAGACUUAAGGAGGAUUUUUUCAACCAACCCUGUAUCAGUUUGGCUAAAGCAUUGCUUGGCAAGGAGCUGGUUCGCCGGUGUGCAGAUGGCACCGAGCUGCGGGGGAGAAUAGUGGAAACAGAAGCAUACCUCGGAGGGGAGGACAAAGCGUCCCACUCCGCUGGAGGCAAACGCACCCAGAGGAACGCAGCCAUGUUCAUGGAGCCCGGCACCAUCUACGUGUAUCCCAUCUAUGGCAUCUACCUCUGUAUGAACGUGUCGAGCGAAGGGGAGGGUGCCGCCGUGCUGCUGCGCUCUCUGGAGCCUCUGCGGGGUCAACGCGCCAUGAGGGAGCUGAGGGCGGCCAGGCGCAAAGCGGGAGCCCGACAACUGAAGGAAAAGGAGCUCUGCAACGGCCCUUCCAAGCUGUGCCAGGCCCUAAAUAUAUCCCGCUGUUUUGAUCGCAGAGACCUGGCCUCCGACCCAGACGUGUGGCUGGAGAGGGAGCCCAGCGCCACUCCGCCGGAACCCCGCGACAUUGUGUCGGCGCCCAGCGUUGGAAUUGAAUCUCACGGGGAAUGGGCCAAGAAGCCGUGGCGGUUCUAUCUUCGAGGCCACCCCUGUGUGAGCGUGGCGAAUAGAGAGGCAGAGAGGCGGUCUGGGAAUGCAAUGAACGGGUCGGACGCGUAGCAGGAAGAUCCCUUUAACUACUCGGCCAUCUGUUCCCUUCUGUUGACUUCUACAUUUAGGCAGCAGAAAAAAAUCAAAAAGGAAGACAAGGUGGUUAUAUGUCUUGAUUAUCUUGUGCAAGAUGUUUUCAUGGUACUGAUGCAAAGUUUCACUUUAAACUAACAGAUAAGAGUUUAAGUCGGCUAAAUUACUAAUUAAUAUUAUUAGCCAUUAUCAACAUCUUUUACUCAUGACUUUUUUGGUUUUAGGAUUUCCGUCAUUGUUUUUUAAUAAACAGAAAUUCUCUUCUUGUGA